AUGACGACGCUGUCGACGGGGGUGCUCCAGAAGCUGCAGGACGGGAUGAAGUCAGGCACGCCAAAGCCCAUCGGCGAGCACCGCACGGCGGUGCUGCAGGUGACGGACAUCGUGCCGGCGGACAUGGACGACAAGGACCUGUUCCCGCGGCACGGCCGCUUCUACCUCAAGGUCUCCGACUCCUCGCACUCCAUCUACGUCACGCUGCCGCCGGCGCAGGCGGACCUGGUGCUCAGCAACAAGCUGCACGUGGGCCAGCUCGUGCACGUCGACCGCCUCGACCCCGGCUCCCCCGUCCCGGUCAUCGUCGGCGCGCGCCUGCUCCCCGGGCGCCACCCGCUCGUCGUCGGCACGCCCGAGCCGGGCAAGAAGGCCGCGCCGCGCAGGGGGUCGUGGAGCCUCGAGAACCACGGCGCCGCCGGGGUGCUCGCCUCGCCCAAGGUCGUCAGCGUCAGGCCCACCGCGCUUGAUUUUGGGGAGAGGACGCCGGUCAGGGAGCGGCCGUCGGCGUCGGCGCGCGGCUCCGCGUCGGUCAGGAAGAGCACCAGCGUCAUGCCCAGGAUGGUGAGCAGGUGCAGGAGCUUCGCCGCCGACAGGGGUGACCCUCCUCCUCCGUCCAAGAUCCCUAGGAGCCCAUUCCCAGCUGAGAAGAGCUCGAUGAGCUGCACGGCUUCACGGGUGAUGAGCAGGAGGGCCAGGGAGGAAGAACCCUCCUCGCCGGGCUCCGACGAUGACACCGCCACGUCCUCCAAGAAGAGGCUGUCGUCGAUCGCUCGUGUGCCAGUGCCGGCGAAGCUCAACGCACUCGGGAAGGAAGCCAUGGAGCAGAGGGAGCAGGCUCAGAAGGUGGCGCUGGAGGCGCUGCGCAACGCGUCGGCCACCGAGAACGUGUUUAGGAUCUACAAGAUGUUCUCUGAUGUGAGCAAGACGGCGAGGGCGGACGCGCCGGCGGCGUGCUUCGACGGCUUCCUCAGCUUCCACCAGGAGGCGGUGCAGGCCGUGGCCGACAUCGAGUCGAUCCAGGCGGCCACCUCGAUGGCCGCCACUGCCGCAGGCACGAGCGACGAUCCCCCAGCCGCCGUAGCCGAGGAGGCAGCGCCGCCGCCGAACGUCCUGCAGGAGAUCGCCCAGAACAGGGCUGCCACGCCCAGGAGGCGAGGCCUGCUCGGGUUCGGGGGAGUGUCCAAGUCGGUGUCCUUCGCGCCGGGCACGCUGCUGGACCCUUCUUCGCGCCAGGACGGUGGCCGGAGCUCGAGCGCGAGCAGGAAGUGUCUCGCCGCGGACAAGCCUGACGACAAGAGAUCGUCUGCUCCUGUGGGGGUGGCGGCGGCGCACUCGGCUCUCGGGUCGUCGCUGAGGAUGGCGAAGCAGAUGCAGGCGGAGGCCGGGAGCUGGUUCAUGGAGUUCUUGGAGGCCGCGCUGGAGACCGGCCUGAAGAAGAGGAAGAGCAGCAAGGCGUCGUCGGCGGCGGGGCGGGCCAGCGAUGGUGGAUGCCCGCAGUCGCUGAUGCUGAGGGUGAUCAACUGGGUGGAGAUGGAGCAGAGCGGCGGGGAGAGCCGGAAGGCCGGGCACCCGAGGGCGGCCGCCGUGGCCAGGAAGCUCAGGAUCAAGGCCAAGAACCCCUGA